AAAACAAGAAAGAAGGACGAAAAAAGGAGAAAAAAAAAAAAAAAAAAAAAAAAAAAAAACNNAAAACUGAAACCGAACCGCACAAGCCCAAAUGCGGACCCGAGCACGCCAAGUAUUGAUUGGCGCAUCGAUCCAGUACAUGAUCAUGAACACAAUAAUUCAAAUCCAUGGCAACUCAUAAAUCAAAAAGUCUGCCGAGGUACUGCUUAUUCCCCCCUCAUGAAAACCAAGAAUGUCGAAGAGGGGGUGAUCGUCUCUUCAGGCUCAUGA